UAAUACACAUAUCCAACGUGUCAUUUUACAUGUCACUUUUUGUCCUAUGUGGUGUCUUACGUGUAUUGUGUCAUGCAGUACUCAUGUGUUUAUUUAUUUAAAAGUUGAAUAGUUAAAAUGCUUGUUUGUGCAUUAUGAAAGUUGAAAGUCAAAAUUAAAUUUGAAAUCAAAUUUAGAGUUCAAGAUAUGUAUUUGAGCGCUUAAAAUUUCAAAGUGAAUUUUAAUUUCUAAUCUUGUCACACGAUUCAAAAGUUAUAUUUCCAUACAUUAUUUUCUUUUAAUAUUUUUAUCCGUUCACUUUAAGAAAAUACUAUAAUAUUCAAAUAUGUAAUUAUUUUUUUUAAAAAAAAUGUUUUAUAUGCUAAAAAUUGUAAUAAAAGUAAUAUGUUUUUUUUUUUUUUGUAAUAUUGCACACCCUUUCAGGAAAUUUCCAUGGCAGGCAGCGAAGCGAGUUUGGUUUCCAAAUACGAACAAACACUAACAAGAAAUUACGCCUAAUUACAGUGCUCUCUAAACGUAUUUGGAUUUCUUCAGUUUGUUCUUCUCAGUGUUUCUUUUGGUGAGUUUGAUUCAGAAAACUCGAAGGUUUUUUGAAGAAUAGAGAAGGAAAUAGAUAUGGGUAUGCUCAGAUAGCAGUUUUGGUGACCAAAUUUUCACGUCUGUGAAUUUUCAAGUAUCAAAUGGCUCUGUGUUCUAUUUACAAGUAUGGUUCAAAAGCUCAAGGGUUGGCGUUUCUUGCAUUUGGGUCCAUUUCCUUUUUGGUAUUUGUUUAUGUUGCUAUUGUCUCCAAGUUGCUUCCGCCAUUCGAUAAUCCGAUCCUUGCAGCCAUUCAGAAUGACAGAUACUAUUGCUUUCUGGUUCCAUUAACGCUUCCCAUCCUUGUUGUUGCUAUAUAUUUCCACUGGCUCAGCAUGAAGAUCUUUAAGCAUGCAUAGCUCAGACGAGGUAUGGAGCUUUUGUGUAAUCUCACGAAGGAUCGUCAUCAAUUGGUUAGGUUUCUGAUUCCAAGUUGUUUACUUGAAACAUUUGACAUGAGUAGAAUGAGAUAAGUUUCCGUAGUAAUAGACAAACGAAGAUACUUUCACUAUUAAAGUGUAGUUAUUUCAGCCCCUUUUGUGUUUCUGCAUUUCCCGGAACUUCAGAAGUUAAGAGGACAAAAUCGCGAGCUUCCUUCAAAUAAAUGAUUUGCAUACAUCAAUACUUGCUUCUAUCCAAAAUUUCUGAUGAAGGAACUGCUUAUGAAGAAGACAUUUAGGCUACUAAAUCAUCUUAGGACAUUUAGACAUUUUAAUUUUUUUUUAAAAUCCUAAUUCAACAGUUCAGUUGUUUGUAAUUGGUAUGAACACACAAUUUUGAAAUUGACUUGCUUAUAUAUAUUGAAGUUAUUGUAGGAAAAAAGCUGUCUUUGUUAA